CUUGAAGAAGCUUGAAGUCUAACGUUUGGAAACGAAAUCGUCUCACAAACACAAACUUUGAAUAGCAUUCGAAAUCUUCAGCUUCAAGCAGACUCAUCACAAUAAUGGCAGACAAAGUACAGAAGAGAGGAAUCUUUGGUGCGGUCAAAUCAAUUUACCAAGACCCCUACAUGUGGUCAGUCGUCAAGAGUGUGUCAUUCUUUGCUUUGGGUGUUCACAUUGCUCGUCAAUGUGUUGGUCUUGAUGUCAUGGGACCACCACAGUAGAGUAGAAUCAACAAAAAUCAAGAAGAUGGCUUCACUACAGAUAUCACCGCUUCUAUUACUGCUGUCAUAUCUUUGUUUUGUAGUCAGCAAGAGCAACAUUGUUUUGAUUUUAAGUGAUGAUCAAGACACACUCAGUUUUGCCCCUUUGACAAAGACGAUGAAACUAGUCGCAAGCAAGGGUGCCACUUUAAAGAAUUCGUUUGUAAACACUCCUUUAUGCUGUCCAAGUCGAUCCACUUUAUUGACAGGCCUAUACCAGCAUAAUACUGGAGUCUUAAAUAAUUCCAUUGAAGGAAACUGCAAUUCCAAUAAGUGGCAGAGGAGAUAUGAACCCCUCACAUUUGCACAAGAAUUUCUAACUGCAGGAUACAAAACUUUUUAUGCUGGGAAAUACCUUAAUCAGUAUGGUUCUCAUAAGACUGGGGGCUUAAGUCACGUACCUAAAGGGUGGCAAUGGUGGGCAGGAUUGAAAGGAAACUCACGAUACUACAACUAUACUUUAUCAAUUAAUGGUACUGCAAGGCAUUUUCCUACUUCAUAUUUAACAGACCACAUUUAUGAAAUGGCAUUGGAAUUUCUUAAAGGUCAGUCUCUACAAACGACUCCUUUCCUUAUGAUGCUGGCUCCACCAGCACCACAUGCCCCAUAUAUACCUUCUCCGAAAUAUGCAAAGCUCCACCUUAAUACUUCUGUUCCUCGGACACCCAACUUUAACCCAUCUAUGCAGAAGGAUAAGCAUUGGAUGAUGCGAUUACCACCUAAUCAGCUUCCUCCUAGUAUUGUUGAACAGAUUGAUGAAUAUUGGCGUCAACGGUGGCGCACACUUAUGUCUGUUGAUGACAUGGUUGCUGGUAUUAUACAUACCCUUUCUAAUAUUGGUCUUUCGGAUAAUACUUUCGUCCUUGUGACGUCUGAUAAUGGCUAUCACUUAGGGCACUAUGGUCUGCCUUGGGACAAACGUCAGCCUUAUGACACGGACAUUCGAGUGCCUCUCUUCAUUCGAGGACCCGGAGUUAAAAGACAAAUGCUCCACAAUCCAGUGAUGACUGCUGAUAUUGCGCCAACCCUUCUUGACAUGGCUGGAUUAAGCAUUCCAUCUCACAUGGAUGGUACAUCUUUUCUACAAUCAUUGUACUCAAAACAAAAAAAACACUAUUUGACUAGGUCGUUUUUGGUUGAGCACACUGGAGAGGGGGGAAAAUCUAUUUCCGUGGCAUGUCCGUGGUUUGGCGAUUCUGGCUUAUCGAAUUGUAGUCCAGAAUCAGCAUGUAAAUGUCAAGAUGCCAGAAACAACUCAUACUCAUGUGUACGAACUGUUGGCCCAAAAUUAGACUCACUUUUGUGUAAAUUCAAUGACAGAGAGCAUUUUCUUGAAGCCUACAAUUUAGUAUCCGACCCCUAUCAAAUGAAGAAUAUUGCUCGUCAAAUGAAGAAAAAAUAUAUCGCCAGAGGGCUCACUAUUUUAAGGAAACUUCAAUCUUGUUUGGGGAGUUCAUGUUCAAUCUUCAAUAUUUGAUGUUAAUGUCCUCCCACUCUUUCCUAAAUUUCUUUAAGUGUACAUUGUAAUUACUCUUAAGUUGUAGCAUCUUUAAGUUAUUAAAACAUGGAACAUAACAA